AUGGCAUGUCUGCGGUCAAUUUCACCACUGUCAGACACCUCUGAUAAUUCCAUAGUAGAAAAUAUAGAUGAUGACAAAGAUCUGAGUAAUUCAGAUUGGUUGGGAUAUAUACAUGAUAAAAGUUCCAUCAAUUUCAAUGACCCAUAUGUGAAAAUCUACGUUCAGUCUUGUGAAGAAUUGCAAGUAGCAGCCAUGACUCCAAUACUUAGUAUGCUGAGUACAGCAGAGGUGAAAAUAAGACACAGGGGAAUUCUACCUCUGGGAGCUGCAGCUCUUGCCAAAGCUCUAAAGGACAAUCCAAAUGUAGAGGUUUUAGACCUGGAAGACAACAGCAUCAAGGAAGAAGGUGCAAACCAUAUUACUGAGAUGUUAUUAGAAAAUGAUACUAUCACAUAUCUGAACAUAAGUCAGAAUUUCAUUACUGCCAGUGGGUUUGCUGCACUAGGUCAGAUGCUUGGGAUGAAUAUGACCCUGAGGCACUUGGAUCUCUCAGGGAAUAAAAUGGAAAUUUUUGAUGUCAAGACUUUAUGUGAAGGAAUUCAGGAGAGCUCCCUAUUGACCUUGUGCAUGAAUGGUUGCCAGAUAGUUGAGGAAGCUGCCCAUGUCCUUGGAAAAGCUAUUGAACAACACAGAAGACUUCAGCACCUGGAGUUGUCAUUUAAUUGUAUCAGAAAGAAAGGAGCAGUGGCUAUAUGCAAGGGAGCUAAGGAAUGCCACACGCUGAAACACCUCGAUGUAUCUUGGAAUGGGUUUGGAUUUGAAGGCAGUAUUGCUGUCUGUGACAUGCUAAAGGGAGACGUGCAUCUUGAGUUCCUAAAUCUUGCUGGGAACAGGAUUGAUUGGACCUGUGUUCCACCCAUUGCAAAAGGGAUCUGUUUAAACAGCUGUUUAAAAAAACUUCUGAUUGGACAGAAUCCUCUGACCAAGGACGGAGUCAUGGGACUGCUCAAGGCUGCAGGAGUUAAAACCAACCGUUUGGAGCAUUUGGGAUUAGAGGCUGUUCCAGUAAACACUGAUAUUAUUAACAGUGUGAAAAGAAUGCAAAAGACGAGAACUUUCACUUUCACACAUGGAGGACUCUUCAAUUCUGAUGACAUGAUUGGUGUUAAAAGAAAGAGCAAAGAAGACCCCCUAAGCAUACUGACCAGAUACUUGGGAGGGAGAGGGAUCCGUGUGAUGGAUUUGUUUCGCACUUUUAACAAGGACAGUGAACAACGGAUUUCUCGGGCCAGUUUUAUUCAUGGACUAAGGAAAGUUCAUGUUCCUCUUGAGGAAUGGGAAAUGCAUCAGUUGGCUGACAAAAUGGAGGAAGGACAUAAAGGACGGAUCAACUUCAGAUAUCUCAACGUCUGUGUGCGCUUACAAGCUAGAAAAAUAAGGCUCAUUGAGAUGGCAGAAUCAGCAAAAAAGAAGCAGAGAACAAAAAGAAAUAAAUCUAUCAUGGCAUUACCCCCAAUCACAGAGCCAAAUCAACAAGCUGAAAGCAUUUCCCUUUUGACCAGUCAAGUAAGUUUAGAUUCCAUCAUGGCUUGUGAUAAAUCCUCUCUGGUGGGGUGCAAUCCACAAAAUGUUCAACAAGAUACCAAACAUCUGCCUUCUCCCUCUCAGUCAAUGUCAAUGGCACAGAAAGGCAAACAAAAAACUGUAUAUAACCUUGUUGAUAUGACAAAACCAUUAGCAAAUAAACCAUGUGAUACACAGAGAGCUGCCAACAGAAAGAAACAAGACAAGAGAUGUAAGACAGCAUCUGCUCCAAUGGGUAGUUCAUUGACCAGAACUACCCGAAGAAAUGAAUCAACAUCAUACAUGGAGCUUCUGAGUGAUUUGAGUAUAUAAUCGACUGCCAGGAUUGAGCUCUGUGCAAAACUAGGCUACUUAGAACUCCAAUAGUCCACCUGCUGUUUUCUCUCAGACAGAGAUCAGGUGGUUUAUGGUGUAGUUUUUGUGCAAAAAUCAACGCUGGACAGAACAGAAAUGUGCACAGCUAGUGAAGAACCUGAGAAAUAUCUAUCUAGUGGAAGAAAAAUUGUUCCCAUGACCCUGAUAGAAGGUAACUAAUUGGUGGUGCCACAUUGCUUAAUUGUAAUGGAAUUUAAUAGCUUAUGGGAACCUUA